CAUCUGAUCACAGGACGGAUUUGUCUUGUUGCGGAAGAGGAACCAGGUCUUCCACUCUGCAGUUUGUUUGUCUGCAGGACUUUUGUGACUGUCUGAGGAGAGGAAACCGUGAGCUGGUCUGAGGACGAGGCUGGAGGCUGAGGAUCAACAUGUGAGGGGAAACCUACACGUUCAUCCGAAGACUCGCCAACAAGUCUGAACAAAAUGGAGGUCAAAGUCUUGCUGCUUUUCAUCACUCUUUACCUGAGAGAGGGAUUAUCUGCCUAUUACAGAGCCGAGCUGGGGUCCGAUCUACGGCUGCAGAGAGCAAAGCGCCAAAGUAAAGCCAGUAGACCUGUGCUGAAGGUCACUGACUACCACGUGAGGUGCACAGUGGUGUCGCGCUAUGCGGUCACCAAUGUCCAGAGUUCAAUCUGGAACCAGCUGUCCGUCACCAAGGAAGCUGCCUUCCAGGUGGAUCUGCCUUCCUCUGCCUUCAUCUCCAACUUCACCAUAACCUCAGGUGGGAAAGUUUACGUGGCCCAGGUGAAAGAGCGAGCAGCUGCCAGGAAAAUUUAUGAUGCCGCAAAGAAGCAAGGAAAAACAGCCGGACUCGUCGCCACCAAAGAGAGGGAGGUGGAGAAGUUCAGAGUGGCCGUCAGUGUUCCGCCUGGAGCUCAGAUGUCCUUCUCUAUGACCUACGAGGACCUGCUGCCUCGUCGACUGGGCCGAUAUGAGCUCAGCGUGGGUCUGAGGCCCGGCCAACCAGUCCAGAACCUCACCUUAGAUAUCAGCAUCACGGAGCGGACCGGCAUCAGUUUCAUCACCGUUCUUCCCUUGAAGAAAAGCAGGCUGCUGUCCAACUCGUCUCACGGUGGCGCUGACACGCCUGAGUCGGCUCGAGUGGAGCGGACCUCUUGCUGUGCUCGUGUCCACUACAGUCCCAGCGUUCAGCAGCAGACCAGCAUCUCCCCGAAAGGUCUGGACGCAGACUUUGUUGUUCAGUACGAUGUGGAGCUGAGUGACCUCAUUGGUGAUGUCCAGUUGUUCGACGGCUUUUUCGUGCAUUACUUUGCGCCCAGGGGGCUUCCAGUGGUGCCCAAAGACGUGAUAUUCGUCAUCGACGUCAGCGGCUCCAUGAUCGGCACCAAAAUCAAACAGACCAAGCAGGCGAUGAGCACCAUCCUGGCAGACCUGAGAGAAGGAGACCACUUCAACAUCAUCACCUUCUCCGACAAAGUUCAUACCUGGAGGAAAGGGCGCACGGUGCGGGCGACUCGCCAGAACGUACGAGACGCCAAAGACUUUGUGAAGAGGAUCAUGGCCGAAGGAUGGACAAAUAUCAACGCCGCUCUGCUCUCUGCGGCACAGCUGGUCAACCCUCCGUCCUCCGGUUCUUCCACUCACCUCCACUCCCGUCGAGUCCCGCUGGUGAUCUUCCUCACAGACGGGGAGGCCACCAUCGGGGUCACGGCCGGGGACACCAUCCUCAACAACGCCAAGAAGGCGCUCGGCUCGGCUUCGCUGUUUGGCCUUGCCUUUGGAGACGACGCAGACUUCCUCCUGCUGAAGCGCCUGGCUCUGGAUAACCGCGGUGUCGCCCGGAUGGUGUAUGAGGAUGCAGACGCGGUCCUGCAGCUGAAGGGUUUCUACGACGAGGUGGCCAGCCCCCUGCUGUCAGACGUCCAGCUGUCCUACAUGGACGAUCAGGCCUAUGAAGUCACGCGGUCUCUCUUCCCAAACUACUUCCAAGGUUCUGAGCUGGUGGUGGCAGGGAGAGUGAAACCAGGAGUGAAGGACCUGAAGGUGUCGCUGUCUGCUACCGACUCAAAGCAGCGAGUGAAGGUGGAGAACGAGGUGCUGCUGCUCCAGGCGCUGGGGAACGACACAGGGGAGCUGCUAGAGUGUUCAGCGGUCGGUUUGGAAGGGAUCUCCAACUUUGUGAAUCGACUUUGGGCCUACUUCACCAUUAAGGAGCUGCUCCUCGCCAAACUCAACUCCAGCGACCCGGCCAUGCAGAGACUGCUGGCGGAGAAGGCCACCAACUUGUCGCUCAAGUACAACUUUGUCACGCCGGUCACGUCUCUCGUGGUGGUCAAGCCUGAAGCAGACAUUGAUCCCACCACUGCCCGGCCCCCAGCCACGACAAGAGCUCCACCUGUGAAGAAGCCUCACUUGCCCUCGAAGCCAAGAAGACCUCCGCCACCUACCACUGCAAAGAAACCCCCUCCCCCCCCUGUCCCCUCACCCAAAACUGUGGUUGCAACGUCCAGGAAAGCGACCACCGCGAGUCCCAGCUCAGCUAGAACCGCACCGGCACCCUUCUCUGGUAAAAAGCCCAGAAGUGAUUCCAGAGCCGCCUCACCUCCUCCACCUGCGGGGAAGGUCUCCACGUCACUUCUGAGUGCUCUGAAGACAGCCGCGCCUCCGGCCCCAGGGAGACUCUCCUCCUCCCCUCCUCAGAAACCAGCCGCUGCUAACACCAGCACCAGUCUGCCCACAGUGGCGACCGGUACCACAGGUGGAGAGGACAGCAGCACAGACACCCCUUCAUCACUGCCAGUGCUCCCCACCUUGUCCACCUCGGCUCCAGACGUGGGAGGAAACGACACCAACAGCUCUGUCAGUGAGGACGAGCGUAUCGCCACCCUGCUGUCGGCCACUUAUGCGCCCAUGCCCGGAGUGACGGACGGACCCAGACUCUGGGAGGCAGCCGGACUUCUGGAUGUCUCCACCUCCAUCCAGAUCCAAAGAAAAGACAUCGACCUCGUAAAAGACUAUGACGCUACGUAUGACUACGACUACGAUCUCAACUACGACGAAUGGGCGGAGUCGGCAGGCACAGAGUCAUUCGUGCUUGGCAGUGACCAGGACUGUCCCUCAGCUGAAUGUCCUGUGCUUCUAGAACCGCCGUCCAGACUGAGCGCCCAACACUUCUCCUCAUCAGUCGAUGGAGAUCCUCACUUUGUGGUCCAACUGCCAAAGCUGCAACAGAACUUGUGUUUCACAGUGGACGGUGUAGCGGACGACGUGUUGCGCCUCUUGGAGGAUCCAGAGAAAGGCAUCAUCGUGGACGGUCGUCUCGCCGGCGCCCCCUCCAAACAUGGUGCAGAGAACCGCCGACGCACCUACUUUGACCACCUGGUCAUCUCUGCUGCGACGGGCAGCUCUGGCGAAAUCAUGGUCACACUCUCUCUGGACGCGGUGGUGGUGGAAGGGGAGGGGCGGGACAUUUUCACCCUCAACCAAACUGGCUCGGUGACCAGACAAGGAGUGACCAUCACCGUGGAUCACCACCGUCGCUGCUGGGUCGAGCUGGCCAAGAGCGUGAGAUUCCUCGUUCUCUUCCACUACUACAAACACCCCAGCUACCUGCAGAUGGCGCACUUGGGCUUCUACAUCACUGAUGGGCGAGGGCUGUCCGUCUCCACCCAAGGACUUCUGGGUCAGUUUCAACACGCUGACAUGACGGUAACUCCGGUGAAGGAUCAGCAGGACCGUCUGGGCCGGGGCAUCCUCACCCGGGGAGUCCUCCAGUCAGGAGCGGAUCAUCUGCCGGUCUCUUUACAAGACAAGUCCCUGAAAGACUCACCACUGAAACGACAUUCUGACCAGUGCUGGGUAGUUCCGAAAGCAGAGGUGGAGAGACUACUGGGUCAUCCGUACGAGAGCUACGUGGUGGAUCGAGCGUAGCUGGAGCAGCUUCCACUCCACCUGUCUGCUGCAGGUGUUGAUAUCUAACCUGACGACAAACACACUUAAGGUAAAAGUGGAGCGGAUCAUGGAGGUUCUGGACCACAGUCUCUGGGAAUGUUUUCACCACGACGAAAAAGACAUUAUAUUGUUAGAGCUUGAACAUGAUCGUCCUCCAACAUUAGCUGAGUUAUCAUAUACCUGGACGUCUGGAGGAGGUUUUACACCAGUGUCAAAGCUGCUUGAUAUUUAUGCGCUGCUGUUUUCAAAUGAACUUCAUGAGGCAGUUGUUUGGAUGGUUUGAAGAGGGAAGCAUGACGACAAACCUUCUGAGCAGCCGUCGUGCCACCUGACUAAUCUAGAGGAGCCAGUUAGUGCUGCAACACGACGCCAAAGUCAACAUGUGACGCAGUGUGUGUCCAUGAUUCACCACAGAGACCAGCUGUGUGAGGAUCAUAGGAGGCUAGUGAGCGGUCUGGUGUGCAGGGGAAGUGUUGGGACUCACCUGUCGACUUACCUGCCUACAACGAUCACUGGAGGAAUUUGUCAGAGCCGUGGUCUCAUCGCAUCUGUUUACUUUCAGGAGGAGUAGGAGAGUCAGCGCAGCGAUGAGACUUAGUCAUAGCGGCACGUUGAGAGCGAGGUAAAACACACGCAGAGGUCAUGAACUGAAGCCACACCCACUCUCAGUUUCAUCCUUUGAUGAAGCGCCUCUCAAACUUCUCACUCCAUCAGUGUGACCCAAGUCACUCCUAUUGUUGUGUUUGACAACACGGCGAGUGUCUCAUGUCGACCCACGGGAGGAGUGAGGGGAGCUCCAUUCCGUCGUGGCUUCAUUUACACAUUCAGUCUUCUGACAACAGCAGGGUGAGUGAGGGGUUUUUGGCAAGACGACCGCAGAGCAAAGGGUUGUUGACCAUCCCAUAAUAAAAACAGCAGCAGUGUAUUUCAUUUGUAAUUGACUUUUCGCCAUUAAGGUUGUGUUAAAAGCAUAAAAUAUUUUUAUGUCAAAUAUAUCUGAGCUAAUAUUGUAUCUGGGAGGCAAAGGAGCAAACAAGGGUUUUGCCAUGUGCUUUUUUUAUUUUCUCUCGUUUCAUUCAUAGUUUAAUUCAUUUGUAUUUGUUACACGACACAUUAGGCAUUGUUCACAUACUAGUGAUCAACAAGGACAGAACGUUUCUACCACUCAGCCUCAGUUUCAAGGGACUUUUGUCAAAUGGUCAUACUGGAUGGAAAUAAAAGACUUGUUGUCAAUAAAUAAAACCAGGAACAAAAGAGGCGGGAUGUGAUUCUGACUUCGUGUUGAGACAGAAUUCCAGUUUAUUCCAGAGCACACACACAACAAUACAGUGUUCCCAACACACGUGUACACUUCCCCGUGCUAACCUCCCUCCGUUCUGCUUGUGACGAUGCACCAGAAUGAUCGUCCAUUAAGGUAAACAAAACACGGCAAAUAUCAACCAAAAACAUGUC